AUGAUGGAAAAGCGAGUCAGCAAAUUAAGUAUAACCACAGAUGACUUAGAAAGGCGUGAAAAUCUAGCGAAACGAUUCAACCGAACUGCCACGAAUCGGUUAAAACAGCAACAUGAACAGUUUCGGGAAAACCAUGAUCAUGUUGAGAACGAAAUCAACCAAGAAAUGAAGAAAUUACAAGGUGAUCUCAGAGGUAUUCGUGAAAUCGGAAACUACGAUGUCAGGAAUUCUACUCACGAGAUGAACGGCCAGGCGAAUGAUUCCAGUAUUGGUACAAAACGUAAACGAACGAAGUUUACAUUGUUUCAAAAGAAAUCAAAGUCUAAUUCAAGAAGGAAAUUCAAUCGAGACGAAGGGGGCAGAAGAGUUCAAUUUCAUCCGGAAAAUUCAUCACAAGUAAUUUCCGUAGAAAAUUACAAAACAGCUGGUACUGAUUUGUUUAAUUUGGCACGUAAUGAAAAACAGCCGAGAAUCACGAAAACACGCGAUAUUUAUACUCAGCACGAUGUGACGUCUGGAAAACACGGUGUUCGCUUUGACGAGCACGGAAUAAGUGGGCACGCAGGAAGAUCUGUCGGUCGAGAAACGCAACUUGUUGGACAGAAAACGAGAAUUUAUGAACACGAAAAACCGGACGGGCACGAAAGACGGGUGAGUGAGAACGAAACACGGUCUGACAAGCACGAAACGUUACCACGCAUCACGAAGAGUGCAACACAAGACACAAAAUCAUGCGAACUAUAUGUACACGAAGCACGUAAUCUAGCACGAAAACGCUUACUACGCGAGAACGGACAAUUGAUAGGUGAACACGGAAUAAGCGAGAACGAGACUGAUUCAAGCACGCAAAAUGAGCAAGAGGCCACGUCUAACGAGGAGAUCGAGUCGUACAUGUACGUACCACCAGAUGGACGUAAACGAACGGUGUACUUGCUGCCCCCAUUAGAAGAAUUGCUACAGGAGGCAAGGAAGGCGAGAUAUUUACGUAUGCCUAAACGACUGAUGAAUUAUGAGGACGAUCCAGAACGCGAACUGAGUGUUGAUGAAAUAUUUAAUAAAAAUGUUUAG